AUGACAUCUACAGAGUUGCGCCAACUGAAAGUGGCGUCAGCGGAGUUUCAUCGUGAGCAACUUUUAGAGGCGGUUGGAGGAGGCAAGAAGGUGGACAAACGUCAUGGCGAGGGAAGCUCUGGGGUAAAUCGUGGCACUUAUCGUGACGAUAAUGUCAAGGAUGGGGUUGCUGGAGAGGAUAUCGAACAGCGCCGUGGUGAACUAGAGGACGAUGGCGAAGGUGACGGUGUGGACGGUACCGCCGGUCUAGGGAGUGCAGAUGGCGGCACUGCUGCUCGCGCGGAUGGUGACGAGGAUGAGGCGGAUGAGGAGAUGGUGGCGGCUGACGAAGAGGAGGACGAGGAAGCGGAGAGGGAUGCUGACGAGGAAGAGGAGGGGGAUGCUGACGAGGAAGAGGAGGGGGAUGCUGACGAGGAAGAGGAGGGGGAUGCCGAGGAGGAAGAGGAGGGGGAUGCGGAGGAGGAAGAGGAGGGGGAUUCGGAGGAGGGGAGCGGUGACGACUCCGAUGAGGAGGUGUACACCGGUGACGGAGAGGAGGCGGAGGACGACAACGCUGAGGACUACGACGACUUGGAAGAGGAAGGGAUGGAGGAUACAGAGGGAGAUGGGGGGGAGAGAGCUAAAAAGAGGAAGCGGGGUGGAAAUGGGAAGGGCGCAGACACUUGGCCAGCGCCGCCCACUGAGGGGGGGCCAGCGAGGAAGGGGCAGCAGCUGAUCACGCUGACCUACCCCAAGCGCUUCGACAAGGACUAUCUGCAGCAGGCCAUGUGCGAGUGGGUGGUCGCCACCGACCAGGCAUUCACUGUGGUGGAGCACCCGACGUUUUGCAAUAUGAUGGCAGCCGCCAAUCCCAAGUGUGCCGUGGAGAAAGUGAUUCCCUCGCGCACCACCCUAGCCCGCCAAAUCAUCCGCCUGGCCGGGCUGGCAAGGAUCAAGCUCAUGGAGAUGCUUGCUGCUGACGGGCUAGGGCUGAAGACAGUGCUCGAUAUCAAGGAGCCGCUAGGGAUCGUUAGAGACCUAGCGUCCUUCAUUGGGUUAUCGCCCAAGAGGACAACCCUGUUCGAGAAGAUCCAGAGGCGUGCUGAUGAGAAGGCGAGGAUAUUGCGUCUUCGCGGGGACAAUGAGGCCCUCACCCUCUCCUCGGGACAGUGGUUGGCUUUGGAAGAGCUUGCGGCCUUCCUUAAGCCAUUCCAUGCCGUGAGCCUCGCCGCUGAGGGGUCCAAGUACCCCACGAUCUCCAGGGUUGUCCCGCAGUUCAAUGAACUGUUGGACGGCCUAGACACCCUCAAAAACAGUGUGUCCUCCCCCCCAUCAGGGGUCAUGAAGGACUGCAUCACUAAGGCAGAGGAGAAGCUGAUGGAGUACUACUCGGGCAGCAGUGAUGAGCUUUGGGUUGCCACCUUUCUUGACCCAAGCUUCAAGAUCGGGUACUUCGAGAUGGAUGGUGAGGGGGGAGACAAGGAGAGUGAGAGGCCGGGGGGGGUACAGCAUGUUGCAGCGGAAAGGGUGCUCGCCUUGCAUUCAUCAGGAGGGAGCUCCUCUGGCCGGGGGGGUGGAGCUGGCAGAAAGGGGGGUGCUGCAGGCAGCUGCCCAGCCAUCGAUUCAUUUGGUGGUGUAGACGGGGAUAGACGGAGCUUGAGGGCAAGAUUAGAGGAGUACCGUAGCCGCCAGGAGGAGUCCGUCAUGGACGAGGUGCAGAUUUACAUCGACGAGCGAUUGGGGCCUUUGGGGACCUGUCCCCUUUCGUAUUGGCGCUGCAGGAAUGACCUUGAGGGGCUGCAGGCUAUGGCCCUCGACUACCUCGCCAUACCAGCGACGUCGGCUGCGAGGUAUUAUUUCCGGGCGGGCACGGGGGGCGGCAAGAGAAUGUGGAACAUCAAUCUGCCGGGCGGCGGAUGGUGCAGAACUGCCGCCGAGUGUGUCGCCAGGAGCAACACGUUUCUCGGCAGCAGCACAUUCUACCCUCAAGUGCCCACCCGCAUUCCCCCUUUCCCCCGCUUCGCAGGCUUCCUCAGCAGCAACAGCAGUGUCAACCCAUCGUUCCACAACUGGAACCUCGUUCGUCUUGUCUACUGCGAUGGGGGCGGCUAUUUGGGAACGGCGGGGAGGCUGGAGGUUGGCAGAGGCACCGUUCUUUACAUGGAUGGCUGGAAGAUCGUCCAAGCGGUGAUCGAGGAUCUGAAUUCAAAGGGCGAGAUCCAAUCUGCAACGCAUAUCCUCUUCUCGGGCACCUCAGCGGGCGGCCAAGCAGCCCUCUCUCUCUGUGAUCGCAUCGCUGCCACCUUCCCCUGGGCGGCAACUAAGUGUUUGUGCGACUCGGGAAAUUUCAUUGACUCCAAGGACCGAAUGGGGGGGAACACAUGGCGUGACACAAUCACGAACAUGGUUGCUCUGCACAAGCCAACCUGGCCUGCUUGCCAAGAUG